AUGACAUACUAUAAUUUUAGUUAAUUGAUUACAAGAGACCUGUUCAACACCCAGCGGUUGAUAUCUGAUAAUUAUUAUAAAAACCAGUUAAGGUAUAUACUAUAUCUGUUAUAUAUAACUUGUGUUUUUUUCAAGAUAGCAACAAAAUUAAUCCAUUACGUACCAAUUUAUCAUAAGUAAUAUAAUUAUAGCAAUAACCAAAAGCUCAUGGAAAAUUUAACAACAAGAAACAAGAUUGAAUAUCCAAAGAGGAUUGUUAAUUUAUUAUGUACAUAGAAUGAUAAUCCAUUUUUCUUGAUUAAAAUCUUAAUCUCAAAAUUGAAGAUAAUUAAAGAGGAACAGACUCAGUUAGAAAUGAAGAUAUCAAUCAAUUACUUGAUUAUGAUGAUGAUUUUAAUAUUUGGAAAUAAGGGAUUCAAAUUAAUUUCACUGAUAAGCAUCCAGAACUACAAAUACUACAAAGAUAGAAGCAAUUUACAUUACUUAAAAAUUGCAUCAGUAGACACUAAUGAAAGUACAAAGAUGAUUUACAUUGUCUUGUCCAAAUUUGAAAAUAUUGAACAUAUUCUUUAUUAGAAUUAAAAAAAAAACAUAUUUUAAAUUCUAAAUCAUUAUUUAAGCAACUAUAGUUAAAAAAUAUUGAAUAAUGCUCAAUUCUUUGAUUUAUAGUAAUAAUCAUUCAUAUAACGAAUUGUUAAGUCUCUAUUUUGA